AUGGCGAAUGAAGAGUACUCAUCUCAAGGCAACACUGCUGGUAAGCCGCGCUCGAGGCAAAGAACCUUCAAGCCAGCCCCAGUUCUCGAAGUACCAGACAUUGAGGAAAACGCGCCGGAGAGAAAACGGAUUCUUAAUGUGCUAGCACAGCGCAGGUACAGAGAGAAGAAGCGCCUGCGACGACAAAAAGAAAGAAACAAUGAAAACGGUCAGGAAAGCAAAGAAAACAACAAUGUUAUAGGCGAAUCACAGAGCAAUAAUGAUAGAGAGAUUGAGGCUGAAAUCAUCUCGACCUCCAGCCAUUCUCCAACUGCUGGUGGCUUGAACGGGAUUGACCUCGGCUUGUGGACUACGACCAUGUUCAACAACAACAUGAAUAGCAAUUCGUCGAUGCCAUUGUUACUUUCAAAUACAAUAAAUAUUCCGAAUUUCUCAUCUGCAUCAAUGACAGGGGAAAGCUCUGGAGAGGAGGGUUUCAUUUUCAGCAACAGUGAAAGCCUGGAUGGAAAUUUGACGGAUAUGAUGCCACCAACUUGGGACAGCACUUCUCCAUCAUCAUCGUCGUCGGAUGGAAGCUUUGCCGACAGCUAUCUCUUACCUGUUCACGAACUUACUCUACUGCGGGCGGUAUUGAGAAUAUCAGAGCGCAUUGGCUGCGGCCAACAGCUUUGGAAUCUGGAGGCUGUGUCUCCGUUCUCCCAAGGAAUCGCUACGCCGAGCGAGCAACUCCCCGCCGCAUGGAAGCCCACUGCCUCUCAGAUUCUGGUCCCGCAUCAUCCGAUGCUGGAUUUCCUGCCGUGGCCGGAAGUUCGUGAUAGGGUGAUUAACAUAUUUUCGAUGCCGGAUGAGAUGCGGCCCCCCAAUGCGAAGGGCCCGCUUGCCUUGGUCAACUUUGCGUAUGACUUUGAGGAUAAUGCAGAGGGUAUUCGCAUCUAUGGCGGAGAUCCGUAUGAUCCAAAUAGCUGGGAGGUGGGCCAGGUGUUUUUUGAACGAUGGUGGUUCAUAUUUGACCGAGAUGUCAUUGAGAACAGCAACCGCUGGCGCCAAUUGAGAGGAGCGCCGCCGCUGGCAUUGAAGGGGACACCAUCAUGA